AUGGGUGCAGCACCAGCUCCUGGAAAGGGGAAGUUGGACUUGGCGCUUCUAGUUGAAAUGGCGAUGGCGGUGCGAGAGGAGUCAUGGCCAUGCUCUCUGGUGCUGUCCGGUGUCAUGCCGCGUGGUUCCGACAGCGCGUGCCCCGCAGUCUCCGCAGUCCCCGCUCUCGGUCAGUUCGGUUUCGACGGGGACCGGACGCUACCCAACCCGGCUAGCGCUGAGGAUGAAUGCUGCUGCGUUUGUCUGGAGCGCCUGCAGUCGGCAGCUCCGGCGGACCAGCUUCCCGUCCCGUUCCCCACCUGCCGCCGGCACCGCAUGCACCUGGGCUGCCUGGCGCAGUAUCGUGCGCAAGCUGCCUGUCUCGACGACCUCUUGUGUCCGCUGUGCCACCAUAGCCGCUGCCCCGACUGCACUCUCACAAGUUGGUCGGUGACAGAUGACGCCGCUUUGCGCACGCUUUGCCUGCACCAUGGCGUGCACAUGCCUGAGCGCAUUGCCGGCGAGUCCACGGUGCGCGAGGCUGUCCCAGACUACGCACUCCGCACGUUCACCUCCAACGAUGCACCUGAACCUCGACCGCCGCCGGGUGUGACCCUUUUGUGCUGCCACCGGGUCGCUGCCGUUGGCGGCGCGGCCGGUGUCGACUUCGUGCACCUUCCGGACCGCGAGAUGCAGUGGGCGCCCGUCCCCAUCCGGCAUGGCGCCGGCAUAGCUGUAUGGCGCCCCGGCUGGCUGUGCCCGGGCUGUGCGCAAGACGUUGGCUUGGAGACCCUGUCCAUCCCGGCCGAGCCCUCCUCCCCGCUGCGUGGCCCGCUUUCGGCCCACCCCGGGACUGCAGCAACCUCGCUACUAACUCAUGGCUGUAUAUGCCCCUGCUCCAUGCCGCGGCGGGUGAGAUGCCCGGACGUGCUGGAACGUUGGCGAUCUGACCCGCGGGCAGCCUGGUGGGAGGACGCGCGCCGGACGCUCGCUGCGUCCCACCCGGUCCAAGCUGCCACCCUCACGGAAGCCCUUCUCACGGCCACCAACGCGGCAAACGAACCGCCGCCGGAACGUCUCCUCCAGGAGGCGGCCGCUCUUCCGCCCGCCGCGUCUGUGCACAUCGGCUGGGUCGUGCGCCGCCUGGCACAGCAUAAUGACGGAUACAUCACCGCGCCCUGCCAAGAGGCCUGCCUCGAGCUCUUCGGCGGCCGCGCUUUCGCAGCAAACCUUGACCGCGCCUCUGAUGCCUUCCGUCGGGCACCCCCACCUGAGCCGCAUGCCUUGGCCGCGCCUCCACCAACCCUCCGCCUGCAGAGCGCCCGGAAAGCCACGACUCCCGCGCCCACACUGAGGAUGACCCGAACAACCUGCGGGCACCGACGGUCGCUAGCGACGACGAGCUUCUUGCGGCCGUCGCGCAGCGAGCACGCGCUGCCGGGGCCGGCCGAGGCACUGGGCGGCGUGGGCGUGGGCGCGGACGCCAUACUUCCGCUGCCCCACCCGCUCCUGAUGCGGAUCCUAGCCCCCCAGAGGCACCUCGAGCAGAAACGCGAGGCGCCCUCCAGCCUCCAGGUCCCAGGCGACCGAGUCCUCCCCUGUGCCGCUGCCGCCGUCCUCGCGCAGACGCACCUGCGAGCGCUCGGCUGCGAAACUCCGGACUGGGCAGCCGUUUGCACCGGCGCAGCCACUGCGCCCCUUUUCCAAGCGGCGUCUCGACGAGUGGCCUUGUACAUAGCCGCACAGCGAUUCGCCUGCGGGCCAGCAACCGCGGCGGCUCGCUUCAUCCCGUCCGAAGUUGGCAAGGUGUCCGCCCAAGAUGCCCAAUACGCCCCGACACCGUCAACACUGACCGUCAGACUUGGUCUCAGUUCACUGUCCGGGCCAAACUUCGCAAGCCUUGGAGAUCGUCUAGGGAAUUUGCGCGUUCGCGACGAGGACCCUGUGGGCCGGAGACUCCAAGGGCCCAUUGAGACCUCAGAAAUUGUGUUGUUCAAAAGGACAGCCCUCGCGUCGCAGAGCUUGCUGGAGUUGCCGGUGCGCCCCUGCGAUGCCGGUGACGGCGGCGAGCCGCCACUGGGAGAGCUCCUCGCGGCGCCGCCGUAG